CAAUGGACCGAGUUCUUCGAUUCGGAUCUUUGGAGUCAAAAGAUUCUGCAGUUGAGCCACAUUGAGCCAGCCAUCAAACAUGGCAUUCUCGCCCUGAGCACCCUGCAUGAACGCUUCGAGAAUAGCACGCCCAUUUUCAAUGCGGGGAACAGCGACUUUGCCUUCUUGCAGUACAUGCAAGCCGUCAAGCAUUCCAACGACCUUCUCACGGCGCACCAGGCAGGCAGGGUGGACGUGGAGAAGAUCCUCAUAGCCUGCAUCAUCUUCACAUGCUACGAGAACCUGGCGGGAAACUAUAGGGCGGCCAACAUGCAUCUCCGCAACGGCCUGCGGAUCCUAUGCCAGCAUCGGCAAGACGUACUCUUGCAUGCCCGGGGCCCGCCAGUGAACGAAUCCAUUGCCAGUGUCCUCUUCCGCUUCGACCUCCAAGCCAUGACCUUCUCCGACAACGCCUCACCCUACGACUACAGCAUCGACUGCCCUCCCGAGUGCCCCAUCAUCCCCGUAGCCUACACCUCCGUCUCCCAAGCCCGAAACGACCUCGUCGGCCUCCUCCGCUGCAUGAUGUGGAUCGCCGGCGUCGCCAACAUCAACCCGCGCGCAACGGAGAAUCCCACCUGGCUGCACAUCUACACGCAGCUCAUGGCCUCCAUGGACGCCUUCGAACUCACCUUCGACCACUUCCAGGCUUUUCUCCCCAUGUCCGGGGCCCCCAUCGACGCCAAGACGCAAGCCGGUUGCAGCUUGAUCAAGAUCUAUUACCUCAUGGCGCGCACCAUUGUCGCCGCGGGCGCCUCCCCCGUCCGCAACGAACUGUCCUGGGACCCCUUUGUAGGCCAGUUCAAAACCAUAGUCGAUUUGGCAGAGACCCUACCCGCCCUCGUGAAACCGCCCUUCAGCAGCCUCCCCAGCACCUCCCCCCCGCUAACCCCAAAACCCCCCGCCACGAAACCCGCCUCCAAAAAGCGUCCGCCCGCAUUCACCCCGUCCUUUGAGCUCUCGCCCAUCGUACCCCUCUUCGUCACCGCCUGCCGCUGCCGGGACCCCAUCAUCCGGCGUCGCGCCAUCAGCCUUCUGCUGACGUGCCGGCGGAGGGAGGGCGUGUGGGAUUCGUACGGCGCGGGGAUGGUGGCGCUGCAGGUGGUCAAGCUCGAGGAGGGGAUUGGCGAGAUGGUCGAGUUGGACGAGGGCGGUUGGUUGCCGCUUAGUAACAAUACUAACGCUGGCGUGGAGGGUUGCGGCUUUGCGGGCGGUAGUGCUGGUGGUGGUGGCGGGGAGAUGGGCUCCGGAGGGGGGUUCGCACAUAUCCGGGAGGAGAAGCGGGUCGUGGAUGUGUUUGUCAGUGUGAGCGUCGGGGAGAGGCAGAUUGGGGUGAAUUACCUCAUGGGAAGUGGCGAGAGUGUGGAUCGCUAUGUGAGGUUUUGA